AUGUCCGGCAAACUCACCUUUGCCUCCAAGGUCAAGCUGAACUCGGGCCAUGAGAUGCCACGCCUCGGCUUUGGUAUUGACUCCGCGUCGAUGUACCGCAACCAGGGCGAGGCGGCGGCGGCCAUCCCGGCGGCGGGCGUGCCCCGCAGCGACGUCUUCUUCACCUCCAAGGUGCCCUUCUUCAAGACGCCGCUCGGCUACGCCAGCACGCACGCGCUCGUCGACGACGCGCUUGCGCAGACGCAGCUCGGCUACCUGGACCUGAUGCUGAUCCACAGCCCGUACGGCGGGCCCGACGCGCGCAAGGGCGCCUGGCGCGCGCUCGUCGAGUGCGCCGAGGCCGGCAAGGUGCGCGCCAUCGGCGUCUCCAACUACGGCGUGCACCACCUCGCCGAGCUCGAGGCCUACAUUACCGAGCUCGAGGCCGAGCGCGGCGGGGGGGCCGGCCGCGGCGGCGUGCUCUCCGUCGGCCAGUGGGAGCUGCACCCCUGGCUGCUGCGCCGCGAGAUUGUGCACUGGUGCCGCCAGCGCGGCGUCGCCGUCCAGGCCUACUGCCCGCUGGUGCGCGGCGAGCGCUUCGGCGACCCCAAGGUCGCCGCGCUCGCCCACAAGUACGGCAAGACGGAGGCGCAGAUCCUGCUGCGCUGGAGCCUGCAGCAGGGCUUCGUGCCGCUGGUGAAGACGGUCACGCCGAGCCGCGUGCUGGAGAAUGCCGACGUGUAUGAUUUUGAGCUGACAGAGGACGAGGUGGCGGAUAUGACGACGGACGAGUACAGUCCAUGCACGUGGGACCCUUCGGUUGAGCCUCUAGAUAAAUAA